AUGCCACCAAAAGAAUUAGAUCAAAAGAGGAAACGCGGUCGUCCCCCUAACGCGCCGAAUACCAACGACGCGUCGGCCCUCUCUCCAAGUACUGGAGUUGCUGAGCCCAAUGAGGCGGUCGACGACAGCGAGGCGCCCCGGAAACGUGGGCGCCCAAGCAAGCGCAAAGACUCAGAGCAAGUACCGGAGCAACAAGUCGAGCCAUCCUCCCCUGCAGACGAACCGAAGCCCAAGAAGCGGGGCAGACCACGGCGUGAGGACGCCGACAGAGACGCAGGCCAGGAGGAUACCGAGCCGGCGCAACAGAAGAGACGGAGGGAACGCGAUGCAGAGAAUAAUGAGGAACCUAGCCAAGAAUCACCUACAGGGCCAGCAACCCGAGACAAGCCUGGGCGUAAACCAGCAAAAGACGCGCCAAGGGAGCUUCACGCUGAGGAAGCGGGUGCGGUUGAUGCUGCCAAGAAGAAGCGUGGACGUCCGGCGAAAGCAUCUCAAGACCAACCUGGGGAGGAACAGGAAUCGACGCCAGUGCCGAAAAAGAAGCGCGGCCGUCCCUCUUUGAGUAAGGCACCUGCAGCAGGGGAAUCUGAAGCAGCAGAGAAGGAAUCAGACCCGACACCAGUACCUAAGAAAAAACGCGGUCGCCCGUCUUUGAACAAGAACAACGCAGUUGAAGAACCAGAAACAGCAAAGGAAGUGCCAGAAACAAGUCCAGGCGCCAAGAAGAAGCGCGGCCGCCCGGCUCUGAACAAGGGGGUGGAAACAGAAGAACCAAAAAUAUCAGAACCAACACCACCCAGGAAACGAGGCCGUCCACCUUCGAACAAAAACCCUGAAGUAGAAGAACCAGAAGCAGCGGAAGAAGAAGGAGACACAGAACCAACUCCAGUGCCCAAGAAAAAACGAGGCCGCCCCUCUUUGAACAAGCAGCCUACAGCAGAAGAGCCCGAGGCAGCAGAAGAGGAAGCGGUGCGCAAGAAACGAGGUAGGAAGCCCAAAGAUAGAGCCGUCGAGGCUGAAGAGCCGGCUCCCGAGGAAGAACAAACUGCCGAAGCGUCAACUAAAAGGAAGCGUGGACGCCCAGCGGCCUCGGAAAAGGAACCAGAGCCGUCUCCUAACAGAGAUGCACCCGCAAAGAAGAAACGGGGUCGUCCGUCGCUUCAAUCCCAGGAAAAUAGCCCAGAUGCUUCCAGACCACCGAAAGACCCACGCGAAAGGAAACCCAAACAAGCUUCUCCAGCCGCGACACAAGAGAAACAGACAAAGAAGGGGCGAAAGAAGUCCUCGCAAGACGAUGAACCUCAGGAACCAUCACCAGAGACACAACGCCGACCAAGAGGCCGCCCACGCACAUCUGAUGCAUCGGCCUCUCCUCGUGACCAAGAAGGUCAAGCUUCAAAACCCCGCAAGUCAAAGAAACGCCCUGCAGGAGAAGACGAAACAGAGCAACAAACAUCGCCGCCAAAGAAACGUCGCCGUCGCACAUCAGAUGAGCAGCACCAGUCAAAGCCGACCUCCGCCGCAGCCCCUCGUCGAUCAAUACCAAAACACCGCCAUAUCGCCACCAAAACCCGCCAGAUCCCCCGCUCAGUAAUCGAGGAGAAAUGGACUCCCCUGGCCCCGCCGUCCCUCUCGCUCGUCUCCAGCAUCCUGCGCCUCGCUGAGCGACCCGUCCUCCAGCGGCUAGCAGGUAACGAGAAGCGCCGCGACCAAGCAACCUCUGCGAUCCGCCUUGUCGCCAAUCGCCUUAGCAAGAAACUCGCUCGCGGUCUCCCAUUCCCGCCGGCCUCCGCUCCGCCCCGUGGCGCCCCGAAGAAGAAGGAGAAUGAGGACGGCGGUAGAGUAGAGGAACUCGAUUUUGAGCGCGUCGUCGACGGCGUCGCUUCACUCGAGAAGCAGCUUGACCCCUUGCUUCACGCCAUCGAGCUCCUAAAGGCGGAGAAGGAGCGCGACGAGAGGGCGUUGGAGGAGGACUACGAGACGCUCAAGACGCUGGAAGCGAACGCGCGUUCGGAAGCGAGGAACUUCAAAGACAGCCUCCGCAAGACGCACGUCCUCGUCCCCGAGCAAAAGACCGACGCCCGAGAAGAAGAAGACGGCGUUUUCAAGUUCGUCCCCGACGACCAUCUGGGCGGCGCCUUGUUCAAGGACCUCGAAAACGAAGAGCUGCGAGGAUUGGUGGGGCAGGUCGGCAGCCACAUGGAGAGCAUGCGAAGCAACCUCCAGCAGAUUGACGGCGUCGUGCCGCAGAUCGGCAAGAGCAGAGCCGCGCUGCAGGACGUGCUGUUCAAGCAUCUCGACCAGCAGACUUACGAAAACGUGCUAUUUGGGUGA